CUCCCACCCUACUCUCCUUCCCCGUCCCGUCCUCCAACAAUCCUCCGCCAAGCUGGCUUUUGGCCCUCUCUCUCUCUUCUCUCCCUGCCAGCUUGGCCAUGUCCGACCACCUCGACCUCUUCCAGACUUCUCCGCCCACCCAUGCCUCCCAGGCCGCCGUAACCGCCCCCCAACCCCACCUGCACCCUCUCGACGAUGCUUCCCAGUCUGCAAUCUCUGCCGCUUCCCAGCAUAAGCACCUACCAGACGCGCAGUACUCGGCGCAGCCCAACCCCCUCGUCGAGUUCUCGCCGCCGUACGACGAGGACGAGGACGAAGACGACUUCAACGUGUGCGCCCCCCGCCGGUCCACCGACCGCUCCAUGCUCUACCCCAAGCGGCACGGCACCCCCCACCACGGCUACGCCCCCUCUGCGUCCUCGGUGUCCUCCACCGCGACGAACACGCCGCUCGCGUCCCGCACCGCAUCGCCGCAGCCGUUCGACUACUCCGGCGCGUCCUCCUGCGACUCCGACAGCGAGAGCGAGCCGGACGCCCACCUGCUGCCCCGGGCGCUGCGCCAGCUGCACCGGCGCGAGGGCCGCCACCGCCGCUGGUGGUCGCUCUCCUUUGGCUCGCCCGACGGCCGGCGGUCCCGGCGCUGGCGCGACGCCGUCUGGGGCAUGCGCACCUGCAGACGCGUCGCGAGGCGCUGUGUCCGCCAUCCGCUCUUUCCGAAGACCCCCGUCACGAUUCUGCUCACGCUCCUCUUCCUCACCAUCUUCGGCGUGUCCCUCACCUUCCUCCUUAUCUAUAUCCUCAACCCGGACAAGGACCCGCUGCCAUGGCGCGGCUACUGCACGCUCCCGCAGUACUCGGGCGGCCCGCCCCCGCUGUCGAUGUCCACGACAUCGUGGUUGCAGACACCGAUCCAGGCCAACUUCACGGUGCCACAGUUCCCGCCGCCGGAGUUUGACACACUGGCGCCCGCGGGUGUGUUCGUGGGCGUGUUCUCGAUUGACACUGCGGUGGAACGCCGGAUGUACGUGCGCUCGACAUGGGCGCAACACGUACGCAGCAGGGAAGGUGCGGGCGAUGGGGAUGGAGGUGUCGGGACGUCGAGGACGAUCGUGCGGUUCGUCAUGGGGCAGCCAAGGAAAGAAUGGGAGCGGCAGGUGCAGCUGGAGAUGGACACCUACAACGACAUCGUCGUCUUGCCCAUGCAGGAAAACAUGAACCAGGGCAAGUCGCACGCGUUCUUUGCGUGGGCGGCGAACAACUCGUGGGUGCCUCCCGUGUACGAAGACGGCUACGCCAAGAAGCCGGAAGGCUUCUCUUAUACCAACGCGACGAGCGCACCGCCUCCGCUCGCGAGCCACGAUCCCGCAUUGGCGCACAGGGACCAGCUCACGAACGCGUCCCCGCGCGAAUGGGUGCGGCCCGACUUUGUGGUGAAGGCGGAUGAUGACGCCUUCGUCAUGCUUGCGGAGCUCGAAGGUCGUCUGCGGGUGCAGUUGUACAACGACCCGCUGCCGCCACGGCCACCACCAUCUGUCCGCAAGCAAUCCACUGCGCGACAGCUGCCUCCGCUGCUCCGAGACGACGGAGAGUUCGUUCCCUUGGACGUCACCUCAGGCUCAUCGAUGCUCGCUGCUGACCCGGCAGAGGCGAACCCAGACCCGCUCGUCUUCUGGGGAUACCUCAUCAAGAACCGGUUCAUGGGCGGCGAGAUGUACGCGCUGAGCUUCGCGCUCGUCGACUGGGUCGCGAACGACCCCAUCGUGAAGACGAUGACGCACGGCGCGGAGGACAAGCAGACGUCCAAGUGGAUCCGCAUGCACCCCCGCGCGGACCAGGUGCGCUGGGCGAGCGAGCGCUGCUGGAUCUACGACCAUCCGCGCGCAGGCACCGUAUACUCGCACGGCUUUCUAUUCCCUUCGGAGGCGCAGCGCGUGCAGGACGUUGUACGGCACGACCUCGAGCAGCUCGCGCAGCAGACCGCGCGCGAGGCGUCUGCCCCCGACGCGCUCGCCGUCCCGCCCGGGCGCGACGUGCCCGCCCCACAGAGGUGGGCGCUUUCGACGGUGUCCACGUUCGGCACGCGCUACGUCCCGCCGUACCCCGGCCUCAGCCUCGAGCACAGCGUCGAGGGGCUCGUCGAGGGCUCCCAGAUGUCGCUCGUUCGCGAAGACGGCGCGCUCACGCCGGACUACGCGUGGCGGUACCGCGAGGGACGGCGGAAGCGGUAUGCGGGGCAGCGGCUCGGGGGGACGGUCGUGGUGCACUUCAUCAAGAAGAACAUGUGGUUCCUCGAGACGGCGGCCGCGCUGCUGCAUGGGGAGGACGUGACCGCGGAGGAGCGGGGGCUCGAGCAGGCGCACGCGCCCGACUCGCCCCGCACGGACGAGGGCGCGGCUGCACGGACACUGGUGCGGAGACGGCGAGGCGGGGCGCAGCACUAGCACGGCUGCGGUUCCGGCCGUUAUCUGCUGCACACUGCCUCUUGUCUUGUUUUUUCGUUCGCCCUGCCGUUCGUUCGUCCAUCUGUCUGUCGUUGCACGUUUGGUCGCUCCUGCUGCCGCGAGCCGUUUUUGCUAUCUGGUCUGCGCUCGCUGCUGGUGCGCCUUGGAUAUACCACCCCCUCAUCUAAUCUCGCCCCACACACACCUUAUAUUCUGGUCGCGCCCGCGCGCGAUUUACAUGCUCGCUUGUAUAAUUUAUCCCUCCACGUCCCGUAUAUCGUUAGCGGCCGUGGUCGCCGGCGAAAGCAAAACGUUUUAGUGCGCUUGAAGUUGCGCAACUGUACCCUGCCAUAAUACAGGACUGUGGUCACGAUAAGAAUUCCAGAUGUUCC